AUGCCCGAGUUUAUCCAGGCGGCGGAAGAGAAAGGUCUCAUGUCUCCGGACAUCUACCGGGCCCCGGGCAUGGAGGGGAAGAACUUCAUCUUUACUUGGGCUGGCCUAUUGGCCUUUGGCGCUCAUAUCAAGCCCGGCGACGACAUGGAAAUUAUGAAGAAAAAGGCAGAGAAGGAGGUUGUCCGUCUCACGCCGCACUUCUGGUGGCGAGAUGAGGACCAGCUGGAGGUGCACCAGUAUGUUCCUGCUGUUCGCCGUCACCCAGCGACCAACAGGCCCGUCUUCUUUAACAGCCUUGCAGGCUGGUACGGCACCGCGUAUGACCGAGGUGCCACAGACCCUCCUUACACUGGAGAUGAUGGGAUGGCAUUCCCCCCCGCUACGUAUGCUGAUGGAACCCCGAUUCCAAAGAAAUAUCUGCACUGUAUAUGGGAGAUUACCCAAGAGAGCGCGGUGAUGGCUAAACUGGAGGAGGGUGAUCUCGUAUUGGUUGAUAACUAUUAA